AUGUCUUUUUUAUACGUGAAGGCAUACUAUGGACCUUGCAACACUUUUGAUACCUGCAAACAUAAACCGCAGUUGUUAACUGGUCUUAGAGAUCGACUUCAAAAGUUGGGCUUCCGAAUAGAUCUCAUCCCGGUUCCAUUUAUAAACUAUUGCAUGCUCGAAAUGUGUGGACAUGAAGUAUUCCGCUGCAACCUGAGGCAUUUGAGAUUCAACACGAAGCCGAGCCGGGAUAAGAUUUGCAGGAAAGCAAUUGAAGCAGUAAUGACGUCAGCCGUGAAGUUCCGACGAGCUCGCGCCAUUCUCUGGUUCUGGACGGCUUUGGAUCACCAGAUGUUCAGAAGAAGCAAGUUCGCUCCCAAAGACUACUGGGCUUCUGACAUCACACACCCAGCAACUACGUGCACAGACUGUGCAUUGUGCUGCCAUAAGGCUAGUAGAAAGCAAGAACUAGUUGACGAUGAUAUACCUGAUGAACUUGAACCCAAACACCAUGAAAGUGUACAUUUUGAUACAAUUUCUGAAUUCUCAGUUUAUAUAGCAGAUGCACAGAAAUAAUAAACAUAAGAACUUACUUGUUUAACGGAUUUGACGGCGAUAUGAAAACUUGCGUGAGAUGAG